CUUUCCCCGCGCCCCUGGGGACCCUCUCGGGAUCCAGCCCGGCCCGGCUGGGGGCAGCUUCGGGGACCCCGCGCCCCCCGUACUCCGGCCCCGCGGGUCCGGGGCCCGGAGUGACCUUGGGGGCUCGUCCCCAGCUCCUCUCCCUCCUCGCCGCGGAAACCCCCCCUAGCUGCAGUAUCGCCCAGUUCCGGCCUGGGCUAAAGUUGUGGACCCCCGUCGUCUCCCCCCCGAGUCCUGCUUGUCCGUCUCGGGGUCUUCCCCAACCGCCGCCCAGGACGCCGCUCUCUGGCUCUGCGGCCUUGGCCCAGUGACUGAGCCUCUCCGAGCCUCAGUUUCCUCUUAUGCGAAAUGAGCGCGAUGCUAGCACACGCCCCGGGGGAGCGGGGAAGGCCCUGGAGGGGGUCAGCGCGGGAUCCCCGUGCCUGGCAGCGUCGCGACACGGCUCAGAGCCCAGCCCCGGACUGGGGGGAACCCUGCGCCCCAUCUUUUACUCUGUGACCUUGGGCAAGGGAGUUCCUCGCUUUGAGCACCAAUUACCUGUCUGCACAAGGGGGGGCAAGAGCAGUGUGGACCAGCAGAGGGCUGAAUAUGUUACUUAUUUGUCAUUACAUGUUAAGGAUCUCAGUUUCUUGUGGGGCACCGAUAACAAGGUAGCUGAUGCUUGCUGUCUGUCAUACCCAGAAAACCAACCAUAAGUGCACCUUUUUUCCAAACCUCCCGUCUGUCCUGGCUUACGCAGCAGCUCUGGGAAUGGUGCGCGAUCAGCGAGACCUCGCUGCUGCUCGUUAACGUUGAGGACUCCUGCCUGACAGCUCUAACUCCUCACACGUCUCAGGAGCCUGUCCACCACCACCUCUGCUGGGGCUCCCCUCCCCUCUCCCUGUGGUCACUCACGUCCCUCCCCCCGCAUCCCUCCAGUCCACUCUUCACACAGCAGGGGCCAUCUUUUCCAGAAGCGUGUCAGACCUUGUUGCUUCCAGAUGAGAGCCUUUGCGUGGCUUUUCAUCUUUAGAAAGGUCUUUGUGAUGUGACUGCUCACAGAGCCACUUCCUCCCUCCCUUCCUGACUCAGACAGGAUGCAGAUUUUAUCGGUGACACUUUGCUCUCUGAUCUUUUCUAUUACCCUGGAACUGGCUUUCUCCACUCCUGGCCUGGUUAACCCCUAGUCAUCCUUCCCGUCUCUGCUUGCCUGUUCCUCCCUCCCAGAAGCUGUCUAGGAUACCCUCUCCACAGCCCCCCCUUACUGCCCACAUUGUAGCACUGAACACGUGGUACCUGCCUGGUUAUUCAUCUUCCUCGCUCACCAGCCUGUGACACUUUGAGGGCAGGGACAUUGAGCUCUCGAGAUGUUUUGCGUGAGAUUCAGAAAAGAAGAGAUGGAUAAAGAAUCAUGGGAGUGCCACAGAGGGCAUGACUGGUGAAUUUGCCUGGGAAAGCUCUUAAGGAGCAGUGACACCUGAGAAGGGUUUUGAAGGAUGAAUAGGAGUUUGUUGGGUUGGGAAGGGAGAGGAAAGGUAUUGUAGGCAGUGGGAGUAGCAUGACCAAAGCCAGGAGGUACAAGAGCUGAUGAUUAUUUGAGGACUGUAGUCUGUGCAUAAGAUGGUCUGGUGCUUGGAGAGGGAGCUUACAUCCAGAGAAAGGCCCUUCCCAUGGGUCUGAAGGAGGCGGCAGGGAGGGGCCAGUUGGGGGUGUGGCUUCAGGCAGACGGUCAGAUUGGGCAGAGUCCACAGGGCCCACAGUGCUGGGGAGUUGGCUUUAUCCUGAGCAAGGUGAGCCACAGAGAAUCUCUGAGCAACUCAAAGAGAGCAGUGGGCCCUGCUCUCCCUGGACCCUGGUUAAGGCCCCUUGUGGGCACAGUCCUGGUGCUGUGGGGCGUCUUCUCAGUCGUGUAGUGGAAAUGGGUAUAUUUGACUCCUGGCUCCCAGGAGUAAGAUUAACUCUCCCGCUGGGUGGAGGCUGCUCAGUGACAGUCCUGAAUUCACAGGCCACUGUCUUGUGACCCUGGACAAGAAAAGUGACCUCCCCAAUACCACUCCCCACUCCCAUUUACUAUGAAAGGUAUAUGAAGUGGAAUAUGAAGGCUAUCCUGUCGCCUCAACCUGCGCCUCCUCCACCUUAAUGUGUUUUUUCCCAUGAUUCUUGGGUCCUGAUGAUUUCACCGUCUCCAAGAUUUCACUAAGUGUUCUUGGAAGGAACAGUCCUUGGCUCAUGCAAAGGGUGAACAUGCUCAGCCGCUCACUGAGAGGCUGGAGGUUCAAGUCCACAAAGAGGCACCUUGGAAGAAAGGCCUGGUGACCUACUUCCGAAAACUCAGCCACUGAAAACUCUGUGGGGCACAGUUCAGCCACCAGGAGCAGGGUCGACUCCCUGGGCACUGGUUUACUGGUUUUCUUGAAGGAAGACUGCUCCAUAACCUGGCUCCUUGGUGUGUUUUAAACCCCUUGGAUGUCGGCCACUUCCACAGAGAUUCUGGAGUUUCCUAUAUCUGCUUGGUAACUGUCAGAAGGCAGACCCCCAUCCUUGUUCCUGUCCUAGGUAUCUCUGGUUCCCCAGGCACAAAUGGAGCAGCCUAGAGUUCAGGGUGUUUGUAGAAUGUGUGUCACUGAAGAACUGCCAGCUCCCGUAACUCAGCAGGCGAGAGGGUGGCGCCUUCUCGGUGUUUGAUAAAAGCUCGCAGCCCUUUUUUUAAGGGAAAGCCAGUUUGCUUUGCAGAUUUUGUGAGGGCAAUCCGUGAAGCCUACUUCUGCACCCUUAAACGAGCUCUGUAAAAGGAAGUUUCUGUCAGUUCCCAUAUUACACGAAUGGGCCCUUUCACCCACAGCCUAGAUCCCGUGGAGCAGGCUUCAGUUAAGGUUCUGUGGGAACCUUCUGGUCUGCUGGCUGUGCCGUCUGUUGCCACUACUCAGCCCAUUAUAGUGAGAAAGCCACAGACCACAGGUACAUGAGGGGCACAGCUGUGUGUCGGUACAACUUUAUUUACACAAGGAGAAGGUGGGCUGGUUUGGCCUGUGGGCUGUAGACUUCGGACCCCUGCUGUGGAACGUGAGUCCUCUCAGAGCAGCCCAGGCAGAGCCUCACUGGAUGCCGGGGGCUCUGACUGACCGCUGGGGCUGUGGGAAGGGUGCACUGCUGACUGAGGGGUGUCUGCGGGGGAGUUGGGGACGGGGACCCCUUAUCCUGCCUUGGGGCCCAAGAGAACCUUGGUCACGUCAGCCCUUGCCUCAGCCCUUGGUGAAGCGCCUCCCGUGGCGUCAGCCCUCCCCAGUGGUGGGGCUCAUCUCCCCCUUGUCCAGGCUACCCUUUGUCACCAGGGCAGGGACCAGGGGACCCCGAGGAGCAGGGCGCUCAUCCCUGCCCUGUGAGAAGGGCAGGGGUCACAGGAGCACAGAGAGCAGUGCACCACAGGGACUCCAGGGCCGAAAACUUGGGGACAGCCCCAAGGGUUAUGGUGUGACACGGUGACCAGCUCAUGACUGCCCUCCUGAGGCCCAUUGUUCCCCUGGCAGGCCCAGGGGGUCUUCCCAGACCCAGAGGUGGGACUGCCUUGGGCCCCUUGUCCUGGGCCACAUAUAGUGGAGCAGCCAGGACCUGGGUCUGAGACCGCAGCCACUGUCCUUGUCACGCGCUGGGGCAGGGACUUUGGGCCUUUUGGCUGAGCUGGCGCGCGGGUGUCGGGAAGGCGGGAGAGCCUUGUGGGCACUUGACUCUAGUACUAGUUGGGUCCUGUGUGCCCAGAGCACAGGGCAGUGAUGUGACCAGACACCUGCUGUUACCCUGUAAAGUGAGGAGGCGCUGGCCAGAGGGUGCCACCUGGGCCCGAGCCAGCUGCCCCACAGGUGUGUGGUGCCGGUGGCCCCAAGCCUUCCAGGCGCCAAAAGGCCUCUGGGAUCCUGACCAGCCCUGUGGUCACACAGCACCCUGCAGGGGCCUGGCAUGCCAUCCCGCCUCCUGGGAAAGCCGCCAGCCUUCCUGGGUCCAGUGACCCCAGAGGGCCCCAGGAGGCAGUUGGUCCCAUUUCACAGAUGUGGAGAUUGGGAACCAGCAAGGCAGCUGUGGAGACAGACAGGUGUCCAGGUUCCUGGGAGGCUCACUUCCCUGUCACCUUCCCUCUCUGUGGCUGUCCCCACCCUGAACCCAAUGGGGCAUGGAGGUCACCCUUCAUUGAGCACUGCGGACCCUCCUGCAAGGGCUGUCCAGCUCCCCUGCCGUGUGUCCUGACACGGCUGUCCGCCCCGCAGGUGGCCUGUGAGUAUGGGAUGGUGCACGUGGUCUCCGAGUCGGGCAGCCCCCGAGGCCGGGACUACUGCGUCCUCUACAACCCACAGUGGGCGCACCUGCCGCACGACCUCAGCAAGGCUCCGUUGUCGGGGCAGAACCAGCCCAGGAUGGACCCCAGGUGUCUUGCACAGCGCGUGACCACCGCCUCCCCCCGCCUCCAGCCUCUGCUGCAGCUGCAGGACUGGUCGGCCUCGGUGCUCUGCUCGGCCACCGACCUCCCCACUGGGGGCUUCAGCAACCAGAUCCCACUGGUGGCGCGGGGCAACUGCACCUUCUACGAGAAAGUGCGGCUGGCCCAGGGCAGCGGGGCGCGUGGACUUCUCAUUGUCAGCCGGGAGAAGCUGGUGCCCCCUGGAGGCAACAAGACACAGUACGAGGAGAUCGGCAUCCCCGUGGCCCUGCUCAGCCACCGUGACACACUGGACAUCUUCAAGAGUUUCGGUCGAGCAGUGAAGGCAGCGCUGUAUGCGCCCACCGAGCCCGUGCUGGACUACAACAUGGUCAUCAUCUUCAUCAUGGCCGUCGGCACCGUCGCCAUCGGGGGCUACUGGGCCGGGAGCCGUGACGUGAAGAAGAGGUACAUGAAGCAUAAGCGGGAUGACGGGCCCGAGAAGCAGGAGGACGAGGCAGUGGAUGUGACGCCCGUCAUGAUCUGUGUGUUUGUGGUCAUGUGCUGCUCCAUGCUGGUUCUGCUCUACUACUUCUAUGACCACCUCGUCUAUGCUGUCAUCGGGAUCUUCUGUCUGGCCUCCUCCACGGGUCUCUACAGCUGCCUGGCGCCCCUGGUGCGCAGGCUGCCUUUCGGCAGGUGCAGGGUCCCCGACAACAGCCUGCCCUACUUCCACAAGCGCCCGCAGGUCCGCAUGCUGCUGCUGGCGCUGGCCUGUGUUGCGGUCAGCGUGGUGUGGGGCAUCUUCCGCAACGAGGACCAGUGGGCCUGGGUCCUGCAGGACGCCCUGGGGAUUGCCUUCUGCCUCUACAUGCUGAAAACCAUCCGCCUGCCCACGUUCAAGGCCUGCACGCUGCUCUUGCUGGUGUUGUUCAUCUACGACGUCUUCUUCGUCUUCAUCACGCCCUUCCUGACCAAGAGUGGAAACAGCAUCAUGGUGGAAGUGGCUACUGGCCCCUCAGACUCUGCUACCCACGAGAAGCUGCCUAUGGUCCUGAAGGUGCCUAGACUGAAUACCUCCCCGCUGGCCCUGUGUGACCGACCCUUCUCCCUCCUGGGCUUCGGGGACAUCUUGGUGCCAGGGCUGCUGGUGGCCUACUGCCACAGGUUUGACAUCCAGGUGCAGUCUUCUCGCAUCUACUUCGUGGCCUGCACCAUCGCCUAUGGCAUCGGCCUCCUGGUGACGUUCGUGGCACUGGCCCUGAUGCAGCGCGGCCAGCCCGCCCUGCUCUACCUGGUGCCCUGCACGCUGGUGACGAGCUGCGGCGUGGCGCUCUGGCGCCGGGAACUGGGCACCUUCUGGACCGGCAGCGGUUUUGUGAAAGACCUACCUCAGCCUCCUUGGGACACAGCACCCACUGAUGGUCCGCAGCUUCUGAAAGACCCCAGCACGCCCCCAUCCCAGCAGCCACCCAGCGAGGACGCCGUCAACCCCACUGUCCCUGAAGAGCAGCCCCCUGGACCACCCGCACCCCAGGAGCUGGGAGCUGCUGCCAGCCCACCCACCCAGGAGUCCGCCAGCCCCGCAGGCACCCCAGAACAUAUGGACCAGGACCAGAGCCAGCCCGAAGCCCAGCUCAGCACCUUAGACUAGGAGCGCAGGAUCCAGCUCUCAGUCCCGCCCGCUCUUGGUUCCGCCCACAGCUGGCACCCGUGACCGCGGACACGUGUGGGCCAUCCUCACCUGGAGACAUGGUGCUCUCGCCUGGCCGACGCUGCAUUGUCAGGUCCUCGCAGGCCUUGCGCCCGUUCCCCUCGCACCCACUGCGUCCCAAACCCCGACACGCUGCUCCGAGCCGGGGGCACAGUAGGAGCCCAUCCGGCAGCUCCGGAGCCUCCCGCGCUUGGCUUCCUCCGACAGCCCAGGCCGGCAGAGCGUCUGCAGCAGAACAGCCCCGGUUGGUCGGUCGGUCCAUGUGCCCAGCCCCUUGGGCAGCUGUUGCAUAUCUAUACCUGGUGCUUAACACGCUUCCUCUCCCCUUCAGGGCUCCUGUUCUUACCGCAGGAUGCUCUGCCCCUGGGCGGGGAUGGGGGGCACUGCCCCCCCUGUCGCAGGCGCAUCCUGAAGUCCCGCUGGUGCAGGUGUCAAGAUCUGUGACUCCUGGGGCCUCGGCCACAGGGCCUGCCCGAGUGGGUGUGGGGCGGGUGUGGGCUCUGCAGGGGGCGCGGGCAGCCGGUUCCCUGUAGGCCCAGAGCGCCCAGCCCUAGGCUUGCACCACCGAACGCCCGGUGCUCUGGGGUCCCCGCAGGGCUGCCUGUAGGGUGCACCUGGAGGUGGUGGAGGUGGGUGCCCCGGCCAGCUGACCACCCUCGGGGUCCGCUCAGGGAGGGGGGCUGCGGGCAGCCGGGCUGCUUCGGGGACACAGUGCUGGCCCCAUUCUGCUUUUCUGCAUCGAGGGAUGCGGGGCAUUUUGUCACCUCUGAGUCACAGGCAUUCAGACCGUGUUGCCCCCACAUCCUGCCCCCACCUGUAGCAGGGGUGCACACGUUCUUCCCCUUCUACGGCUGCGGCCCCCCUGGAAUGCAAGAGGCAGUUCUGGAGUGCAUUGUUUUCUACCUCACCGGCGGGGCCCUCGUCCCACGACAAAUGUGGUGUGCACACAGACUCCCCUCCUCACGCACCCCCGCACGCUGCAGACCCCUCCUGGAGGGAGCCACUUCCUGAAGCAGCGCUCCCCCACAGCCAAUGGACAGAACCCGCACCCGGCUCCUCCCCGCCCCGCCCCGGCCACACAAGUCCAGAGAGGUUCCCGCUGACCUAAAGCAAAGGUGGCGUUCUGGCCACAGGUGACCUUUGUCUGCCCUUCCCACCGACUGUCCCAGACAGGAGGCUCGGGGUCACACCGUAGCCCCGACAAAUACCAGCGCCAGAGACUGCAAACAACCUUGUCAGCCACGGCUCUCCAGGGGGAAAUGCUGAUUUCUUCUCGAAAAAGAAAACAGAAAAGAAAAAAAGUCUCCUUCAACCUGUUUGUGUUUCCCCCAAAGUACUGCUGACCUGGGCAAGAUCGCCAGCCCUCUUCCUGCCGCGGGGUCCCCGGGCUCGAAGGGGACAGGACCCAGUUGGAACCACGUCUGCUGACGGACCGCACCUUAACUUAAGCCAUUUUGUACACAGGGGUGAGGGGAGUGGGGGUUCGGUUUUGUCUUGGAAAUUUGACAUCAAGGAACUCAAAAGCAGAUGGCUGUUCCUUCCUCAAAGUUUCAGUUUAUUUUUUUGCCUUGCUUUUGUUUGAAUCUUAAAAUUAAACAUAGCUUUUGAUAUUUACAGUCA